AUGGAUCAUGAGCUCCCCACUGCUGAGGAGGACCUUGUGUGUACGGAAUUCGCCACGGACAAAGAAGCGCAAAAUUACUACUCUCAGCUGAGACGUGGCUUCGCAAAUGAUCGCUGGCAAGCUCGCUGCGCCGACGCUUUGAUUAGAUAUCUAUUAGAUAUCUAG